CUCUAGCUAUUUACAAAAAAAAAAAGAUCUCUCUAUCUUGCAUCAGAUAUUUUUUCCUCAUUUUUUCUUGGUCAACAUCUACUUCUCUGAGUGGAUCCAUAUCAACAAAACCUGCAAACAAAACACAAUAUCCAAAAGACUAUGGUGGGUGAACGAGCUAAGCUACACAUAGCCUUAACUUUCUUACAAUUUUGUCAUGCAGGAAAUCAUAUAUUUCUCAGAAUUGCACUUAAUACAGGAGUUAGCAAGCUUGUUUUUCCUGUAUAUAGAAACAUCACUGCUUUCAUUCUUCUAGCUCCACUUGCAUAUUUCACAGAAAAGAAAGAUAGGCCAAAAAUAACCAGUUAUUGUCUGCUACAAUUUUUCCUUCUUGGACUUGUUGGAAUAACAAUGAAAGAAGGAUUUUAUCUCUUUGGUUUGGACAACACAUCACCAACAUUUGCUUCUGCUAUGCAAAAUUCUGUUCCAGCCCUUACAUUUCUGAUGGCUGUGUUACUAAGAUAUGAGAGCUUACACUUAAAUAGGAUAAAUGGUAUAGCUAAGGUUUUUGGAGUACUUGCUUCUGUUGGAGGAGCUUCAAUCAUUACCCUUUACAAAGGACCUACCAUUUAUGCUCCAAAUCUAGAACUUCACCAAAGACAAUUUUUAUUGUCGUUAUUUGAGGAUGCAAAUGGGAAAAAUUUGAACUUAGGUGGUAUCCUUCUAUUUGGUCAUUGCUUGUGUUGGUCUGGUUGGAUUGUGAUGCAAGCAUUUGUUCUGAAAAAGUACUCAGCGCAACUCACAGUUUCCGCUUUUACUUGCUUCUUUGGUGUUGUGCAGUUUGGGACAAUUGCAGCCUUUCUUGAGAAAGAUCCUAAAUCUUGGAAGCUCAAUUCCAUUGAAGAGGCUUACAGUAUUUUGUACUCGGGACUGGUGAUUUCGGGGAUGACAGCAGCAAUACAAAUAUGGACUAUUAACAAAGGAGGGCCAGUGCUUGCUUCAAUUUAUCUUCCCUUACAGACAAUACUCGUAGCUUUGAUGGCGCCCAUUGUUUUUGGUGAAGAAUUCUUCUUGGGAGGGAUUAUUGGAGCUUUCUUAAUUAUAUCUGGGUUAUACCUUGUUGUCUGGGGAAGAAGCCAAGAAACUAAGUUUGUUGAGGAGUUCAUAAUCUCCACUGAGCCUGAGAAUCAUUUGAAAGAAAAAAGUGACGGUUCUUCCCUCAUAGAGCCAUUGAUUCCUGUGCACAAUUCUUAGGUGUUAGGGGAAAAUUUUAUAUGGUAAUAAAAUUCUAAUAGUCUCUUAAGCCUUAAGUUAAGGUGGCCAAAUAAUAUUACAACAUUUAUUUGCUGUAACAGUAUUGUCAUUAGUCAGUUGAUCACAUACACAAGAAUAACAACAACUGGUAGAUAACUGAUUUAAUGUUGUAUUAAAUUAUAAGCUACCAACAAAAAUUAUUUCACGCA